AAUUUUUUAAAAGACCCUUAGAGGAUUCUAAUCUGCAGACAAGUUUGGUGCCCACUGGGUUCGUUCACUGCCGGAUGUGUAAAUAUAACUGACCUUCCCACAACUCAAACACGUUCCGCCCUGUAAACAGCACACAGAGAAUGCUUCCACGUUGGCAUAUCCCAGGGCCCUGUCUGGCCUCAGCCUAGCUUCUCUGAUUUAUCAUCUACCGAACAACUUCUGGCACCGAAUUUUGUACUACCUUCAAAGCCAGACAUAACGAAUAAAAGCAAUGAAGGAAAAAGCAGAGGAAUAAAUGUAGAACUGAACAGUCCUUCCUUGGAUUUGAAGAAUUGAUGAGAUCGCAGCUACGUUUACAUCUGAAUUCUCUAGCUUUACCAUCCAUUGAAAAUAACUAGACACCUCUCAGCUAUAUAAACACUGCCCUGGGCAACUGGCCUGAAGGUGCCCUGUUUUAAAUUCACUAGUUGUUUUAUUUCCUUAUGGAAAAAGACAGUUUCCAGAAGUCAGAAUUAGAGAAAAGUAGGUCUUCCAAAAGAACUACUCCCAAAAGAAUUAUCCAUUUUGUUGAUGGAGACAUCAUGGAAGAAUAUAGCACCGAGGAGGAGGAAGAGGAAGAAAAAAAGGAACAGAAAACAAAUUCAACACAUGAUCCUUCUAAACUCUCAUGGCAGUCGUACCUAUGGUUUUGGGCAGGGCAAAUAGCAAGCACCUCAUUUUCUACAUGUGAAUUUCUUGGUGGAAGAUUUGCUACCUUCUUUGGUCUUACUCAACCCAAAUAUCAGUACGUGUUAAAUGAGUACUACAGGACACAAAAUAAGGAAAGUGACAAGGAAAGUGAAGGGAAUGCGCCAAAGGCCCGGCCAACCAAGGUUCCUAAUGAAAAGUGUCAUCUGGAGGCUGGGGGCCAAGAGUAUGGAACCAGACAACAGGACACUGUGAAGGGUGUUCCUCGGCAGAGCGCCUCACCCAGGGAGGGCCUGGCACCUGAUUUCAGCUCAUAAUGGGCAGCAGGACUGUGGUUCCUCUGGAUGUCUGUUCCACCACCACUGACGACCAUGGCAACAGCCAUAGGUAGUGCUUCUGAGCCAGUCCUGAUUUUCAUCUCCUUGUGAUUUAUUCUCUAGCAUCCAGUGAUUGCAAAGCAGUGAUGAGAAUAAUUAUGGAUGCUUUCUCAAUUUUAUAAGCCUCCAACUCAACUCCCCCCCAAACCCCCCUUCCCUGGUUGUGAUCUAUUAGUACUGACAUUUGCACAGAAGUGUAAAUGACUUAAGGAAUUGGAUCUGGCAGUUUGGGGCUGAAACUUCAUCAUGGGGCUAGGGUGCAGAAAAGAAUCUCUGUUCCUCAGAAGAAACCUUGGGCAUUAUGAAGUCUAAAUAAGUCCCCUUUCAAGGUUUGGUGUAAUGUGGGUGCUUCCCAGUAACCACCCUGGCUUAGUUGGGGCUUGCUUUACAAUAAGCAAACACUGCUAGCAAUUCUGGGUUUCAAUACAUCAAAGUCUUUGAGAAUUGGGUACAUUUCCCUCCACAUAGUUAAACAAUAACAACAACAACAACAACAACAACAACAACAACAACAACAACCUAAACUCUGGAAAAAGUAUUUGGAAAAAUGGAUGAGUUUGUUUAUUUGCCAGCAAAAUUCAAAAACCUGGAAAGAUCAGGGGCGCCUGGGUGGCUCAGUCGGUUAAGCGUCCGACUUUGGCUCAGGUCAUGAUCUCACAGUUCGUGAGUUCAAGCCCCGCAUUGGGCUCUGUGCUGAUAGCUCAGAGCCUGGAGCCUGCUUCCGAUUCUGUGUCUCCCUCUCUCUCUGCCCCUCCCCUGCUCAUGCUCUCUGUCUCAAAAAUAAAUAAACAUUAAAAAAAAAUAAAAAUAAAUAAAAUAAAUAAAAUAAAAACCUGGAAAGAUCAAACAUGGAAAUCAUAGCUAGCUAUCACUGGUUGUGCUACCCAGGGGUAGCUGUGAGGUGACAGAAAACACAGCACUUGCAGUAAUAAGACCUGAGGUCAAGUCUUAAUUCUCCCAUUUACUAGUUGUGUGAUUUUAGGUGUCCAGAUUUCUGAGCCCUAGUCCCUUUCUUUGUAAAAUAGGCGUGGCAUAUAUUUAUUCCUCAAGGGUUGUUGUUAAACAAAAUGAGAUAAUAAAUGUGGAAACACUUUUAAAACUGACAACUCGACGUUAAUGCUUAAUUAAUGGCUGUUAUAGAUGGUUACACUGAAAGUCCCCAAAGAGCCAUGACUUCUGGAAUUCACACCCUGGUACAGUCCCAUCUACAUUGACUCUGGGCUUGGCCAUGUGACUUGUUUCAGCCAAUGAGAUAGUAGCAAAUGUGAUGAAAGCAGAGGCCUGAUAAGCACUUGCAAAUGGGAACAUGUGGUCUUAGAAACUCUACAUUGUAAAGAGGCUUGGACUAGACUUCUGAAUAGUGAGAGGCCGUACGGAAAGAGGUUCCCCAGGAUGAACGUCUGUCUCGCACAUUCCAGUCCCGGCCACGCUCCUCACCAAAUGCAGCCGCAUAAGUGACCUUCUGUUAUCCCAUGUGAAGUAGAUGAACCCUGCAGCUAAGCCCUGUCAACCCACAGAAUCAUGAGAAGUAAGAAAUCAUUACUGUUUUAAGUUUUGGAGUGGCUUGUUAUGCAGUCCUAUGUAACUGAAAUAAAAGCUCUAAGACAAGGGGAAGUUGGAGUUGAUUUGACAUGAAAUCAAGAGAAGGCCUGGAGAAUAAGGUGUAAGGUGUAGUCCGUUGAAUAUAUGAUAAGACAAGUUUUGCUGCAUAAUCAGACAACUCUAAAAUCUCAGUGGCCUGAAACAACACAAGUUUAUUUCAUUCUCAUAAGAAGUCCCCUGUCAGUUGAGGUGGCUUCCCAGAGUGUCCUCCGUGUGUUGGCUAAGUGGUGGAUGCAUCUUUGAUCUUCUGGAUCCUCCACACUGUGAUGCUUUCAGGGCUGCUGAAGCAGAAAUGGAGUGGAUAGGGAAGCUCUGGCAACCAAUCUCUCCACUAAGAAUGAAUCAUGUCACUUCUAAUUAUGUUUCUUCCACCAAAGCAAGUCACAUGGCCACAAUUAACACUAAGGAGUGUGAGCCUCCUAAGUGAGCUGAGAAGGGGAAACUCUUCCUAAUAGUGGCAGUGUGGGAUAAAUGAUAGGUUCAAGAGUCAAUAUGAUGUUGAUUAAAUCUCAGCUCUGCUGCCUCUUUGUAACCCAAUGGCCCUGUGCAAGUUAUUCAGUUUCCCGAUGUCCCUGUGGGUAAAACAGAUUUGAUACAGGAAGCAAAUUCAAUGUGAACUAGCUCAUGCAACAAAAAAACAUUUUUUGGAAGGAUAUUAAGGUAUUUCAUGGACCCCAACGGCACAUAAAUUUCAGUAGGUCUAGAACAAAUCUGGUAAACACAUACAUAAGUACUACUCUCUCCAUUUCUCAUCUUUCCUACACAUGAGAAAGAUCACUCCAUAGCUCUUUUAUUUUGUAAUCUUUACUUUUAUUGAGAUAUAAUUGACCUAUAAUGUUAUUAGUUGCAGGUGUACAACCUAAUGAUUAAUUUGGUAUAUAUUGUGCAAUCAUCACCACAGUCUAGUCAAUAUCCACGACACAGUUACCGAUUUUUUUUCUUGUAAUGAGAACUUUCAAGAUCUACUCCCUCAGCAACUUUCAAAUAUACAAUGUUAUUAAUUAAAGUCAUCAUGCCUUAUUUAUUUUAUAAUUGGAAGUUUGUACCUGUUGACCACCUUCACUCUUUUCACCCACCCAACAUCCCUCACCUCUGGCAACCACCAGAGGUGGUUCACUGUACUAGGAGUUUGGAUUUUUAUUGCUGUUUGUUUUUGUUGGUUGGUUGAUUUGUUUUCAGAUUGCACAUAUAAGUGAGAUCCUGCAGUGUUUGUCUUUCUUUGUCUGACUUAUUUCAUAAGUCAGAAUAGCUGAUGUAAUAUGAUUUAGCAUAAUAAUGUCCUCCAGGUCCAUCCAUGUUGUUGCAAACAGAAAGAUUUCCUUCUUUUCGUGGCUACAUAGUAUUUCACUGUGUGUG